UGUCUGUCCUCAUUAUUCUCGCGCGGGUUCCUUCACUUCUUCACCCAGCGCUCUUGACAUUGUUUUUGGCUUACUGUGUUUUCGCAUCUUCCACUUCCUUUAGCUUUUGUCCCUUCAAUGCCUCGUCCGUCUCUGAUGCAAGCGACACUUCAGUAAUGUACUCCUCAUCGAAUUCCUUCCUGGGCGGCGCCAACAGCGCUCGUCCAGGACAUCCACCUUUCGUGCAGCCAUCUCCAUACUCGCAGUUCCCACCUGGUCAGCAGCAGCCACUGCAGCAGCCGCAUCAGACCGGUUUUGCUCCUCAGCCAACCGGGUAUGCCCCUCAGCCAACCGGGUUCGGAGGCUCGCAGUUGCAACCCCAACCUACGGGGUUCCCAACUGGACAGCUUCAACCUCAAUUCACAGGUUUCCCUGGCGCGGUACCACAGUCUCAGCAGGCAGGCUUUGGAAUCCCUGCCCAGCAGCCCCAGUUCACUGGAUAUCCCGCUCAGGCGCAGCCUCCACAAUUCCAGGCCCCCUCAAGCACUGGCCUUCCUGUUCGUUCGGCCCCUCGGACUUCAUCGGAGAUAGCAGACUCCUUCCAGGAUGGUGCUGGUAUAGCUCCGCCGCCGCCGCCCAAAUCUGCUGGAAGUAAGAUACCGAACAUUCGCCUCUCAUUUAUCACCGCGCAAGACCAGGCGAAAUUCGAACAACUCUUCAAGUCUGCGGUUGGCGAAAACCAGACGAUGAGCGGAGAGAAGGCGAAAGAACUUCUAUUGCGGUCAAAGCUCCCGGGCGGUGAUUUGUCAAAAAUAUGGAUCUUGUCGGAUUCCACCAAAUCUGGGCAACUAUUCUUUCCAGAGUUUGCCUUGGCUAUGUACCUGUGCAAUCUCAGAAUCACGGGUAGAGAUCUACCGGACGCGCUCCCCGAGAAGAUUAGGAACGAGGUUUCUAGUGUUGUGGACAUCAUUUCGUUCCAGGUCCCCGACACUCAGCCAAAACAGCCAACCAGAACGAAUGUUCCCAGCUUCGAUCCUCCGCUACUGGAAAACAAGUCUGCUCCCCCGGCCCCGCAGCAACCGCAGCCACAGCAGCCGACCAAUUCGCAUCUCCUCACACAGCUUACAGCGCAACCUACAGGGUUCCAUCAGGCGACAGGUUUUCAGCAAAACCAACCCUCUUUCUCGGGAUCGAGCUUCAUUGCCCCACAGGCUACUGGCUUCCCCGGACAAGCUCAGCAACAACUCCAGGCUCAACCGACUGGGUUCAUGACCAACCCUCAGCCAGCAGGCUAUAAUGGACCUCGUCCCCCUAUGCCUCCCAUGCCUACUGGUUUUGGUUCAAGCUUGAGCCCUGCACAGACUGGGGGAGUAUCUGGGCUGGUUGCACAACCUACUGGGGUACCCGGCCAGUGGGGGUUUGUCAAUGCUCCAUCAUCCGGCUUGCCGAAUAUUGAGGCUCUGAAGCAGCAGCUGAUGCCGCAGCCGGGUCGCGAAGGUGGGUUUUCUGCUGCUGGUCUCUCUGGAAAUGCUCAUAUCCCAUGGGCUAUCACCAAAGAAGAGAAAAAGAUCUAUGACGACCUCUUUCGAGCCUGGGAUGGGUUCCACAAAGGUUUCAUCGGAGGUGAUACUGCUAUUGAAAUCAUGGGGCAGAGUGGUCUUGAUCGGACAGACCUGGAACGCAUUUGGACGCUAGCGGAUCCCAACAACAGGGGUCGACUGAACAUGGAUGAAUUUGCCGUGGCAAUGCAUUUAAUUUAUAGGAAACUAAAUGGAUAUCCAGUCCCGAACCGCCUGCCUCCAGAGCUUGUACCUCCAUCUACAAGGAAUCUGAAUGAUUCGAUCGGCACAAUCAAGUCCAUGCUUUCACAAGACGCGGAAACCAGAAAGGCUUCUGGCGCAUUCCUGCAACCCCAAAAGACCGGUGUAAGUUAUCUGAAAGAACAUUCUUUCCGCGGUGGCGCGGUUUCUCCUGGAGUCGGUCGCAAGGAUGCCACGCUUUUCAAAAACAACGAUGAAGCUGCUGCUGGGUAUCGAUCCAGUGCUCGCCGCCGUGUUGGAAACAAUGGCCGAACACCCUCACCUGCUGCGUCUAAGGCGUCCGAUGAGGAGUUGUCUGUCGAGCAGCUGAAGAAGAAAAUCCGUGAAACCCAGAUUAUGCUGGAUGCCGUGGAUUUCCAGGAUGAAAAUCAAGCCGAAGAGGAUGAUGCUUUGGACCGGAGAGACCGGAGAGAAGCAGAAAGCCUCAUGGACCGGAUUCGACGGGUGCAGGAUGACAUAGACACCCACCCGGAUGCGACAUUCCGUGCCCUUGAUACUGGGGCUGAACGGAGAUCACUACGUCGUCAACUGCAAUCCUACCAGGAUAUGGUUCCCCAGGUAGCCUCGGAAGUAAGGCGUGUUGAGCGGGAAAUUACCGAUGUCAAACUCGAGUUGUUCCGUCUGAAGGAUGCAAAGGAACAUCCUAACAGCGCCUCUUCUAUCGUGGGCACAGGCCCUGGUGGUAUGGUGACAGAGGCUGACCGUAUUAAAGCGCGUGCCCGUGCUAGGAUGCAAGCACGAGCGGCCGAGCUUGCUGGACGGCCUGUUCCUGCCUCGCAAGACGACGACGGGGCUGCAGCCCGUCGACUUGAGGCCGAAAGCGGCAAUUUCAAGGCUGAGAGAGAGAGAAAUGAGGCAAUGACCCGUGAUGUAGAGGAUAGCGUCCGGGAAUUUGCGAGAAGUCUGGAAGACAGCCUCAGAGAUGGUAGUCAGAAUUCAACUCGUGAGCAUGAACGGCGGCGUUGGGAGGACGCUUUGGGAGUUGAAGAUGUGAUCCGGGACUUCAUUUACGAUUUGAAACGCAGUAGUCGCACUGCUCAUGUUCGCAAGGAAGAGCGAUCAAGAGCAACAGAUGUGAGAGAGCAGCGGUCUCGGUACGAUGAUGCGCCACUGGGAGGCACAACUACCACACAUUCUUCUCCGACGCCAACCGGUUCUGCCGGAUCAACGCCAGGUGCUACACACGAGGACCGUGUUGCGGCUGCUCGAGAACGUGCGCAAAAGCGCAUUGCCGAACGAAUGGCAGCUGCUGGGCUCAAACCCCAAAAUGAUUCCGCGGAGACUCUCGUGCAACGACAAGAGCGUGAGAGAAAGGAACGCGAAGAGCGCCUAAGGCGAGCAGAAGAGGAAGACGCAAAGAGGGAACAGGAGAGGCAGCGCCGUCUAGCCGAGGAACAAAGCGGACCUGCGGUGCAGUCUGCCAAACCGGCUGGCAAGAAGCCCCCUCCGGCACCGCCUUCACGAAAGGGCCGGACCGGUAGCGCAGGCCAAGCCGAUAUAAAGAAGGCAAUGGAUGGACCAGCUAAAGCAGAGCAGGCGGCCCGAGAGCAAUCUAUUAGAGAAGAGCAACAGGCGCAGGAAGAAGAGACAAACCGUUUAGAAUCUCUAUUCAGAGCCGAGGCCAAAGAGCGUGAAGCAGCAUUUCAAAAGGAAAAGGACGCACAGGAGGCUCGCCUUGCCAUUCUCCAAGAGCAGGUCAGACAAGGAAAGAUCAAGAAGCAAGAAGAGAAGCGUCGCAAGGAAGAGGCGACCAGGGCGGCGAGGGAACAGGAAGCCAAGCUAGCAGCUCAGCGUGCUGAACUUGACAUGGCCCAAGAGCGAGAGCGCCAACUUCAAUUGGAAUUGGAAGGGAUGGAAGAGGAGAGCUCGUCGGAUGAAGAGGGGCCCUAUGAUAUGACCCCUCAGGAUAGCACCCCAACUCAGAGCCAGGUUUUCUCUGCGGCAAAUGCUGCAUCGACGCCGCCUCCGGCCGUUGUACCCUCAGCUCCAGCCUCGGAGCCAGAAAUGGUGGCCAGCCUCGCGAGUUCUCCUGCUGGCAGUCACGCUGGGCCCGCUAGCCUCAGCCCGGAAGCCGAAUCCAAGAACCCUUACUUCAAGAGAAUCAGUCAGCCUACGGACAAUCAAGUCUCGCCUCCAGCUCCCGCACCUCAGCUUGGGGCCUUGAAAGCUGAGCCCCAGUCAACAAACCCUUUCCACCGCCUUACCCAACAGCAAGAAAGUGCCAGGCCGGUUUUUACCGCGUCUGGGCCACUGGAGCGCAAAUCUCGUGUACGCCCCGAAGCGGAUGACGACUGGUCUGCGGCCGGGUCAGACAUUGAUUCGUCCGAUGAUGACGACGAUGAGCGGCCAGGCGGCGGUAGUGCGAAGCAGCUUGCCAGUAUCCUAUUCGGCACAAUGGCCCCUCCACGGCCCUUGAGUGCCAUGGAUGACAAGUCUCCCUCUAAAUCGUCCACUCCGGUCCAGGAUAGUCCCGCAAUGCCAGCAGCAUCAGCCGCUGAGACGAGUGAGGCCACCUCGGGGGCACCUGCCACCUUUGCCCCUCCGCCGCCGCCCCCUCCGCCGCCGGCACCGGCACCACCGGCAGUGCCGACUGUUCAUGUCGAAGCUGGCGUCCCCCCGCCGCCGCCCCCUCCGGCCCCCUCCAUGGCACCCCCGGGACUACCCCCGCCACCACCGCCUCCGUCCGCCCCAGCCGGAGGAGCUGGUCGAGGGGCUUUGUUGGCCUCCAUUCAGGCAGGAAAGGGACUGAGAAAGGUUCAAACAAAUGACCGGAGCACGACCUCCUCCGCGGGCCGUGUUCUGGGUUGA